GUUAUUAACUUUCUGUUUUAAACAAGGUCCCUUCUCUAGCAGUAUGGAUUAUAUCUGCUGGUUCUUAAGUUUUUCAAGGAGACGUUGGAUAUUUGUUAUGAGUAUUGUCUUAAAUCAAGAUUUAUUCUUGCUUAUACAAAGUAUGUAUGUAUUUUUCUUCGAACCAACACCGUCACUGCUCUUGGAGGGAAAUUUGAUUGGCAAAAAUUUCUGUGACACACCUGGCUAAAACAUCGAUUACAGAAAGUGGGAUCGAUGCAUUUAGUGAGACAAAAAUAUCGAUGUAUCGAUGCCAACAUCGAUUUUUUUGCAGCUCUAAAAAAACUUUAUUUAUUGUUUAAUGUGUAAAUAAUAGUGAUAAGAAGCAACACAGCUGUGCGUACUGGGGAGCGGAUAGCAAAGCAUACGGCGUACAAAACGGGGGCGCGUUAAGAAAGCACAACUUGUUGGCCGUAAAAGGCACGAAAGGCAGAAAAAUCCGGAGAAGCAACAGCGCAGUCGGCAGCGACGCCCACACAGCGGAAGUAAUAAAAAGGAAAGAGAAAUCGGAAGGAGGGGCUGAGCGGAGGAGGGGGAAAAGCAGGUGGGAGAGGAGCACUAGCUGGCUGAAAAGGUUCAGCGGAGUUUGAAGCCCAGGAACGGCCAGGAGCAGCAGUCCCACAACGCCAGCAGCCACCGAAGUCAUGCCGCUGGCCGAUUCCCAGAAGGAUCUCCGCCAGCAGCCGCAGCAGCAGCAGAAUGUGUCCUCCACCAGCAGCAACAACAUUGCGGAGCAGCAGUGCAUUAGCAGCAGCGGCUUGGGCCUGCAGCUGCGACAGCGCAUGCAGAUCACCUCGUCCGGCUGUAGCAGCCUCGCGGUCACGCCCAUGGAGCACACGCCCACCGAGGACGAGGAGAGUGGCGGCGGCAGCAGCGGGGUCAACUCGUCGGUGACCACGGUGACCUCAUCGCAGCGUCGCCAGCAGCUGCAUCAAGUGCAACAGCAGUAUGCUUUGCAGGCGGCCCUGGAGCAGCAUCACAUCUCACCGGCAGCGGAACAGGAGUCUUCCAGAGACAGACCGGUGCACCGAACUCUAUGCCCGCCCCCAGAGCUCAUGGAGCUGAGCGAUUCCGAGUCCCAGGGCGGGAGAAUAGAAGAGGCAAUUGGAGGAGGAGCGCCUGGCCAGGAAGACACCGAAGCCCUAGAUGAUACCGAAAACGAAUUCGAGCUCAAAGAGGUUAUAAAAGAGGGUCACGACAAGGCCGAUCCCUCCCAGUUCGAACUCCUUCGAGUCCUGGGCGAAGGAAGCUUUGGCAAGGUGUUUCUGGUGCGGAAGAUCAUAGGGAAGGAUGCGGGCACCUUGUACGCCAUGAAGGUGCUGAAGAAGGCCACCCUCAAAGUCAAGGACCGCGUGAGGAGUACCAACGAACGCAAGAUCCUGGCCGACGUGGGGCAUGCCUUCAUAGUGCGCCUGCACUACGCCUUCCAAACCCCCGGAAAACUCUACUUGAUAUUAGACUUCCUUCGUGGCGGCGAUCUGUUCACUCGCCUGUCCAAAGAAGUAAUGUUUACCGAGGAGGACGUUAAGUUCUACCUGGCGGAACUCGCGCUGGCCAUGAACCACCUGCACUCGCUGGGCAUCAUCUACAGAGAUCUGAAACCGGAGAAUAUACUGCUCGAUGAGCACGGACACAUAGCCUUGACGGAUUUCGGUCUGUCCAAGCAGCCUCUAGAUGGAUCCAAAACCUACAGCUUUUGCGGAACUGUGGAGUACAUGGCACCGGAGAUUGUGAACCGAAAGGGACACGAUUUCGCCGCCGAUUGGUGGAGUUUCGGGGUGCUCAUGUACGAAAUGCUUACAGGGAAUUUACCUUUUCAUGGCCAAACCCGCCAGGAGACUAUGAACCAGAUCCUAAGAAGUAAGCUGGGCAUGCCGGAAAAUUUGUCGCCAGAGGCGCAGUCCCUGCUGCGAGCUCUCUUCAAAAGAAAUCCUCAGAAUCGCUUGGGCGCGGGGGCCCAGGGAAUACUGGACAUCAAGGCGCACUGCUUCUUCGCCACUAUCGACUGGGUGAGGUUGGAACGAAAGCAGGUGCGUCCGCCUUUCAUACCGGCUGUUAGCCGUGACGAUGCCUUCUACUUCGACGUGGAGUACACCUCGAAGUCUCCUAGGGACUCGCCGGGUGGUCCCAUCUCCGCAUCUGCGCAUGAAAUUUUUCGUGGCUUUAGCUUCGUGGCCCCUGUUCUCCUGGAAGGUCAAUGUGCCGGAUCGAAUAGCUGCUCCACCAAUGCCAGUCCUCUGCACAAUAUAGCUCCCCUUCCUGCUGCUCCGGCGGGUGCGCCCCGGACGUUGCCCGGUGUCCUGCCUGGAAACUUCCAUGCGGAGUAUAAUCUUCUCCAAGAACUGGGCCGGGGAACCUUCUCGGUUUGCCGGCUAUGCGAGCAUCGCGCCUCCAAGAAACAUUACGCCGUAAAAGUGAUCGAAAAGGCUGCUGUGGCCGCCGCAUCCACGUCCGCCGACUGCUGGGAGGAAGUAGAAAUUAUGUUAAGGUAUGGCAACCACCCCAAUAUCGUCACUCUGUAUUCGGUCUACGAGGAUGCGGGCUCUGCCUAUCUGGUAAUGGAGUUGCUGAAAGGCGGCGAGCUACUCGACCGCAUACUGGCCGUGGGUCAGAUGUGCGAAAGCGAGGCGAGCGCCGUGUUGAGAACGAUUGCAUCCGCGGUAGCUUACCUCCACGAACAUGGCGUUGUCCACCGAGACCUGAAGCCCUCCAAUAUGAUUUACGCCAGUAUGCGACAGACUCCCGAAACCCUGAAGCUCUGCGAUUUGGGCUUCGCCAAGCAGCUGCGCGCAGACAACGGACUUCUGAUGACGCCCUGUUACACAGCCAACUUUGUGGCGCCCGAGGUCUUGAAGCGGCAGGGUUACGACCUGGCCUGCGACAUCUGGUCGCUGGGCGUGCUCCUCUACAUCAUGCUAUCCGGGCGGACGCCCUUUGCCAGCACUCCGAACGAUUCGCCGGACGUGAUACUGAAACGCAUCGGGUCGGGCCACAUUGACUUCACCAGCAGUCGCUGGGCACUGGUCAGUGUGCCGGCCAAGGAACUGUUGCGCCAGAUGCUGCACAUAGUGCCGGAGAACCGGCCGACGGCUGCGCAAAUUCUCGAUCACGCCUGGCUGCGGGAUCAGUUCGCCAACGGCGUGCAGCUUACGGAGUACGCGGUGGUGCCCGGAAUACAGCUGUCGCUGGGCGCCCAGCAGCAGCAGCAGAAUCACAUUUCGAUGGCUCUGAGGGGAGCCGUGGAUGCCACGUUCCGGGCCAUCGCCAUACCGCAGGCGGCCAAUGUGGGACCUGUAGAGCUUUCGAUGCUAGCCAAAAGGCGGGCCAAAGACAGAGCCAACCUGCACUCCUAAUCCUGGGCCGCAGCAUGGUGUCCGCGGCGCCAGGCCAAAAGGCAGAUAGUCAGGCUGGUUUUCCGACUCUAUAGUAUUCUGAUCCAAUGCUGCUGUGCCAUACCGCGUCGUCUCGUCGUGGGUAAUGUGCACACGCUUGGUUCGCACCUACACCAGUUGGGCUUUCCUCGCAGACGCUGCCGAAGCACUAAGCUGGGCGUAGUUUAGGGAAUCGGCCCAACUCUAUGUAUUUGACAAACAGUGCUAAUUGUUUAUUUUAUAUGAAAGCAUACCAGAUGCCAAGGCCAACAAGCAGAGUGCGGGCAUCUAUAUACACAGAUAUAACUAUACAGAUACGGAUAUACACACAUAUAUAUAUAUAGCUAUUUAUAAAAGGAAUCUUGGGCAAGGGCCUCGAGAGCGGUGUGCAUGCGGAGCCAGGAUCAUCCCAGAUGGUGCCUGGCCUCGCAAAGUGUAUCCUUAAAUCGAAGUUCGCACACAGAAGUUUACAAUACAAAACAAAAUGCAUACAUAUUUUUAAUUAAAUUAAUCGUAGCUAAAUUUUUCAACAUCACCGUGUUAUUGUUGUUUAACUUAUUAAUUAUAAUUAAAAUGAAAAGCGAAAGGUAUAUACACAAAGCAAGAGUUAGAGCCACAAUUCAUUUUUUAUUAAUAAUAACUUUUGUCGCCAAACUAUGAGAAAACGUACAGAAGCUAACAUAAAACUGUAAAAAGAGAAUUUAAAAGCCAAGAGUUUCCAUAACAUUUGACUCGGAAUGUAGAAUUUUCGCAAAGAACUAUAAAAUAUACAAACUAAAUACAAAACUAAGCGAUUAUACAGCAUAUGUACAUAAAAGCGUUCGCGAAAUGUUUCUUUUCGGGCAAACUGACGUUUUUCUUUGAAGUGAAAUUGUUUAAGCCUUGUCAAAGUCUAAGCCUGCUCCCAAGUUGUAACAGGUUCAUCUUGUAAUUCAUUAUAAAUCAAAAACGUAACAGCUGCGAAAGCAUCGAAGUGGUUUCCCCAUUUGGUUUGAUGUCUUCCAGCAGAAGUGCAUCCUCCCACAUAGAAACCCUCAACCAGGUAUCUGGUACCUGGCUUUAGUUAAACUAACUCGAAACAAGUAUUAUUAUGCGGCCGUAUUUAAACAAUCGACCCGAGAACCUGUUUGUGAUUUCGCAGGAGAAUUCUUCGGUACUUCGUUUCAAUUAAUGCCAAAAACGUGUUAACAAUUAUGUAAAAAUAUUGCAAAAUAGGCGGAACAAAGGCAUGACAAAGCUGAGUAAAGUUAUGUACAAGAUUCGUGUGAAACAAACAAAUAUUUUGAGCAACAAGCCAUCUGAAAAACCAAAUUUCUCCCAGAUUUUGGGUCUUGUUGGCCGAAUGUGUGUGUUCCGGAAGUGGGUGCCUGUGUGUUGUGUACGUGUGUGUUCGUUUAUAAGAUUUACGCGCUGUGCCACUACUGAACUUAUGCUAACGAAAAACAAUAAUUGAACUCACGCCAGCUAGAAAUGUUAGUUAAGCUGUAACAACUUGUAAGACAGACAUGGUGAUAUGUGUUUGGCGGGUUGGAGAAUAGGUUGAUGAGGGGAUUACGUAUGGUUACCCGAAAAUACUUUUAAAUUAGAUAGCUGAAAAGUCAACAAAAACUUUGGUUCGAAACAUUAUGUAAUUUAAAAACACCUUGGAAGAACAAUUAACUAGUUGGUACGCUGAAUUUGUCAAUGAUAUUAAGCAGUUCAAAGCAAACACUCGACAUUUAUUCUCAGUAACAGUUGACAGCAUCGAAGCAUGGUUUUAAGAUAACUCACAAAUGUUCUCUGUCCAGCAAGCUUGAAAACAUUCUGUUAAAUCGGUACAAAAUUUGAGAAAGCACAUUGCUACGGCAGUUAGGCUUUCCCCAAAUAUUAGGUCAGCAUGGACUGUGGAAAACCCUACACAAAAAAGACAGAGAAGGCACACAAUCCCCAGAUACAUGAAGUAUAACCAAGACUUUGAGCCCAGCGCCCGUCACCCACUCACAUAGCCACUCAGCUGUGGUAAUCAGACCCCGAUCUCGGCAAGGACAUCGAAAAAAUUCCCCCAAAAUACCCCAAACAUGCAUUUGGAUGCUACGUACAUAUAUUUUCUUAGUAGAUUUUUACAGCUUCCAGAACUAUAUAUUCAUAUGACAGAAAUCUGAUAACGCAAAAACAAUUAUUCCACAAAUUAACACUUUAACACAACACUUUUAUUGUAAUCGAGUCGAUUCCAAGUUAUUGUAAAGUUGAAUCAUAAAAACCAAGAAAAUAAUUGAAAAAAAAUAAAAAACCUAAGUUCUAAUUUGAAUUGUAAUUACACACACGGCA